AACCAAAAUGCUACGCACCUCUACCUAUGAUCCUUUUCCUAACAAUGCUUGUCUUGGUCUUGUUUGGUUACCGGGUCCUAAGCCCCAGAAGCCUAAUGCCAGGAAGGCUGGAACUGGAGGCCCGCAUGGCUGUUAGGGAACCGGGCGGUCUGCAGAGUGUCGCAUUGCCAAGGAUGGUCUACCCCCAGCCACAGACGCUGACACCAUGUAGGAAAGACGUCCUUGUGGUGACCCCUUGGUUGGCUCCCAUCGUCUGGGAGGGCACCUUCAACACCGACAUCCUCAAUGAGCAGUUCAGGCUCCGGAACACCACCAUCGGGUUAACUGUGUUUGCCAUCAAGAAAUACGUGGCCUUCGUGAAGCUGUUCCUGGAGACGGCGGAGAAGCACUUCAUGGUGGGCCACCGGGUCCACUACUAUGUCUUCACCGACCAGGCGUCCGCGGUGCCGCACGUGGCGCUGGGGGCCGGCCGGCAGCUGUCGGUGCUGGAGGUGCGCGCCUACGAGCGCUGGCAGGACGUGUCCAUGCGCCGCAUGGAGAUGAUCAGCGACUUCUGCGAGCGGCGCUUCCUCCGCGAGGUGGAUUACCUGGUGUGCGCCGACGUGGACAUGAAGUUCCGCGACCACGUGGGCGUGGAGAUCCUGUCCCCGCUGUUCGGCACCCUGCAUCCCGGCUUCUACGGAAGCAGCCGGGAGGCCUUCACCUACGAGCGCCGGCCCCAGUCCCAGGCCUACAUCCCCAAGGACGAGGGCGAUUUCUACUACCUAGGCGGGUUCUUCGGGGGGUCGGUGCAAGAGGUGCAGCGGCUCACCAGGGCCUGCCACCAGGCCAUGAUGAUCGACCAGGCCAACGGCAUCGAGGCCGUGUGGCACGAUGAGAGCCACCUGAACAAGUACCUGCUGCGCCACAAACCCACCAAGGUGCUGUCCCCCGAGUACCUGUGGGACCAGCAGCUGCUGGGCUGGCCCCCCAUCCUGAAGAAGCUGAGAGUCUCACAGGUCCUUCCCCAGGUCCAAGAGGCUCUUCUGUGACCUGCUGACGGGCAGCUGCCUAGUUGUGAUAGCACCUCCCAUCAC